AUGUCACCUUCUGGUCACCUGUUUCUCCUCAGCAUCAUAAGCCUGGUUCUCCCCACCAGAGGACUGAUGUUGGAAACCACUUCCAUUCCUGGAACAGAACUGAACUCUGUGGAGCGUCAUGUUCAGACUCAAGUACCAGACACAGUCCGCCCAGAAGACCAAUCCACUCCUCAGACUUCAACUGCAAAGACUCGCAAAACAACAGAGAACAAGAUCACAAUCCAAAGCCAGAGCCCAGCCCAGCCCCAGCAACCAAUGGGGAAGGACAUGUCUCUCAUGAGAGAUGUAGAGAUCGACAGAAGGGGCAUGAAAGAUCCCACUGAAGACACCACACUCUCUGAGAGACAAUCUUUGGACAAAGACAUCAGGACAGAUGCCCAUGCACCCCAGAAAGCUGGGACAGAUGAAGCAGUGAAUAAUCUCUUUUUCUAUGAUGAGGACACACUAUGGAAGCAGGGUCUGUUGGUUGCAGCAGUGCUGUUCAUCACAGGCAUUGUCAUCCUCACCAGUGGUAAGUGUAGACAGCUGCCCCAGUUAUGCCGGAAUUCUUACAGGUGA